AGAAAACGUUCCUCAUUCUCAGAAAAACAGUUAUAUGCAUUAGAAAGAUAUUUUGUGUUAGAUCCUUAUCCUAAGAAAUCAGACAAAGAAAGAAUAGCCCAUGAUCUGAACCUUUCUGAGUUUAAUGUUAAUGUAUGGUUUCAGAAUAAAAGACAAAAGUGUAAGCAUUCAGCUAAAAGUCCCACGAUUGAAGACUUCACUUGA